CCCCUGCACAUCUAUCAAUCAAGACAUUACAAAGCUCAACAUGGCGUCUAGCCAACUCGUGCCCUGGGCCUUGUUGCUCGCUGUCCUCACCACCGUCGUGGCAACUGCGGAACGGGACUACGGCGAGUACUGCCGCGUGGGGAAGUCGAUUCCCAUCAACCCUCUCCCCGCUUGCCGAGAGUACAUCACGCGCCGGUGCGCCGUCGGAGACCAGCAGGUGCCGGAUGUCCUCAAGCAGCAGUGCUGCCGGGAGCUCAGCGACCUGCCGGAAAGUUGCCGGUGCGAUGCCCUGAGCAUCCUAGUGAACGGCGUGAUCACGGAGGACGGCUCCAGGGUCGGCCGGAUGGAGGCGGUGCCGGGCUGUGACAGGGAGAGGAUCCAUUCCAUGGGGUCGUAUCUCACGGCGUAUAGUGAGUGCAAUCUGCACAAUCCGGGUACCCCUGGAGGGGACUGCGUGCUGUUUGGUGGCGGCAUCAGUUAGUUAGCUCUAGGUAGUACUCAAAUAAAUGUUGCAUGAGUCGAUUGUGGUUGUGGUGCAUGCAUCCGUGGUAUACAAAAUAAAGGAUGGAAAGUCUAUGAUUUCCUCUUCGAAAGUUAAUUUGGAUAUUUCA